CUCUAAGAUAAAUUAACACAAGCUUGCCAAACUUCAGACUACCAGUAAUUCGCAAGUAAACUAGUAAAGAAGACUAACAUCAUGGGUAUACAAUUGCCAAAAAUAAUCCAGUUGCAAACACUGGCUAUGCUUUCCGUCCUGCUUCUAUCGCCGUCAGGGACGUCUGCCGACACCAUUUUCCGCGAUAAUGAAAUGUUCACUGAGGCCUUAUUCAAGACAUUGGUCGCUACUAAGCUCGAUGUUCCCCCCAAACGCAAGAUAUCAAAUUCUGAUGCAAUCGAUUGUGUGCUUGAAUGUCUAAGAGAUAAGGCCUGUCAGUCGGUCAAUCGUCGACAUGGCGACUCAUUGUGCGAGCUGAUUGGUACAAACAAGUUUCAGGACCAUUCUGCGCUCAAGACAUCCACCGACUACGAUCACUUUUAUGUGACGUCAGAGUGUGAUCGCCACCCGUGCCGCGAUGGCGACUUCUGCCGGCCCCAUUACGGUGAGGGAUCAUACCGGUGUGACUGCAGAGAAAACUACACAGGACCUGUGUGUGAGCAUUGUACAGGACCAGCCCUUGGCAUGGAGGACGGAAGAAUCAAAGAUUCGCAGCUGUCACAAUCUUCAUUUCAACAAGAUCCGAAGUACGCUCGACUUAACAGGGUCGAGGUACCUCAAGGUGCUCAGCUAAUGCAGUCGGACACGGAUGGUGGGUGGUUCUUGGUGGACUUUCUAGUUACAAAGGUCAUCAGUGCGUUUGCAAUGCAGGGAUAUGGAAACGUUGGUGGCAAUUCGCGCGUAACGUCCUUCAUGAUUUCCACGUCCCAUGACAAUGAUACCUGGACAUUUGUGAAGGCCAUGGAUAAGUCAGUAAAUAUUUUUCCUGGGAACACGGACAACGUUGGAAUCGUGAAGACGACCUUUUCACCUCCUGUAGUAGGACGCUACUUCCGUAUCACCACUAAGACUUGCGUAUCAUACUGUUCGUUCCGUCUGGAAUUCUACGGCUGUGACAUCUGCAAGUUAGGACAUGCCCUUGGUAUGGAGAACAGAAGGGUCAAAGCGGCGCAAUUAUCGCAGUCUACAUACUAUGACAACAAUCCGGUGUAUGGUGGCGACAAUGCGCGCCUCAACAAAGUGGUCUGGCCUCAGGGAGCGCAGCUUCACAUCGAUAACGAUGACGGUGGAUGGUUCAAAGUGGAUUUCCUGAGGGACAAGGUCAUCAUUGCCUUUGCGAUGCAGGGAUACGGUAACGCCCAUGCAGUUGAACGCACGAAAAGGUUCUGGGUUUCCACUUCUCAUGACGAUGAAGUCUGGACAUUUGUUAAGAACACUACUAGUGGAAGUCCCAAGCUCUUCCCUGGGAAUGUCCACAGCAUCGCUACGGUCAACACAACCUUUACCCCUCCAGUGAUCGGACGUUUUUUCAAAGUAACGACCAAGGAAUGUUACCAGUGCUGCUCCUUCCGACUGGAGUUCUAUGGCUGCGAUGUGUGAAUAUUGUUGAACAUGUGUCACACUAGAAGUUUAUAUAGCAAUGUGAGUGAAUAUCGAAUUUACUCGAAUUAGCACCUCACUAACAUGUAUCAUACUAGAAGCUUGUAUGUAGUGGUAGUACAAUUAUUCUAAUACAGUUGAUAAGCUACGAUAUACUACUUAAAAUGGAAUUGAAUCGGGUAAGCUAUCUAAGGAGGCUCCAAAUAAUUUACUUUUGAGUAUGAGCGUGCACAGCUUUCGUAAAAUGUUAGAAGCCUGGUGCGUAUACGCAUGCCUAUGUGUCAGUUUUUGAAAUUAUGUGGCACGGAACCAAAUUUUCACUGCGUUAAAAAUCAACGGCGAAUUUUACUAAAAUGCUAUUUUCUCAAGAGAAAGUUUAAAAAAAAAAUCGAAUACUCCCAUCUCAGGGCCGUAGCAGGGGGUGGGGGCACUGGGGGCCCCCAUAUUUAUAAAAAUUAGGAAAUGACCAAGUAGGGGCGUGGCUGUGCCCCCCAACUAUUUUCUUAAUGUUUCUGUAGUGCCCCUCCAAUAUUUCGAGGCCUGCUAUGGCACUGCAUCUAGUACUACUCUCUACAGUCGAACUCUGUAAGGUUAUGUUCCUAGAAAUGCGCAUAUCAUAUCAGAUUAUCAUUUGACACUCUCCGGAAAGAAUGUCAAGAGCUAGAGAGUAAGCUAGAGGGAUAGUUGUCUUUUCUUAGUAAAAAGACAAUCAGAGCCUAGUGCCUGGCUGCUCCUGCUCACUUUCUUGUUUGAUCACUUAUGCUUUGAAAGAAAACAAUUGUAUAAGGAUGAAUGUGAGCAAAUAAAGAAUCUAGGAGAGAACA